CGAGGCCAGCAGGAGUCUCCGUGGCGCGCGGACCGUCUCGCCCUGUGCAGCUGCAGACUUGGAGGAAGUCAUGAAGGCCUUACCGCUGAAGGACCUCUCUGUGGAGGCAGCCGUGGGUGUGCCCUUGCCAGAGAGGAGCACCUUGAAUUUGCCAGGACCUCGGAUCCAUGGCCGCUUCCGGCAGAGAGGCCUUAAGGACCUCCAAGACUUCUGCAAAAGCUUUGAGGCAGCGUCUGACAGUGUGAGCUGCUCCUUGAGAGACGGUGGAGUUGCAGAGAUUUGUGGGCCUCGACAAUGGGCCUGCAUCGAGCUGCUGCCAGGUCCGACCACCAGCUUCUCGACGUCCGUGGAGCUUUGGAACCAUCGAGUCUUCUGGGCGCAGGAGACGAAGGACUUUCCACGGAUCGAUGUGGAGGACACACCUGGUCUAGAGAAGGUGCUGGUGCUCUACUGCGGCCCACUUGACCUAAAGUUUCAUCCACGGUAUGCCGCCAAGAUCAUUCACGAGCCCGUAGACCGCUGUGCCGAAGCCCUCCGCCGCUCCGCGCAACGGCUGCCUGACCUUUGGAUCUUCUUCGUGAGCCCCUUCACCUGGGACGAAGCUCUCCUUGAACCCAAGGCCAUGUUGGCACUCCAGAAGGCCAUGACGCGCCCUUGGCUGCUGGCGGCUGGGCUGCCGAUCCAAGGCCGGGAUGGCCUUUGGCAAUGGCCUGCCCGACAACUUCGCUAUCGUUUCUACAAGCUGCAGUAUCGCCGUGCAAGCUUCGAGACUGGCGAUCCGGAGGACAACUGCUGGGCAGGGGAAGCUUCCUCCGGCACACGACUUUACAGGCCCGGCGCGCUGCCGGCCUUGCUCCAAAAGACGAUCACCACGGAUGUGGCGACGAUGAUGGUUGAGUUGGAUCUUCUUGCAAAGCUCGGGAAGAUCCCACCCAGGUGGUCCACCAGGCCGAAGAGGAGACAUCGGCAUCGCCAGCGCGAGUCGGCAUCGGUGCCGCGAGGCCAGAUCCUCACUUGCGCUGUGGGUGCGGUGUCUCGGGAAGAGGAUUAUGCCCAAAGCGCUCAGCUUCCCGAUGCCUUUGCACAGCAAUUCCAUUUGGAAGCAGUCAGCUACGUCAGCAGGCAGACCCGCUUGGCUGAGCACGGCUUGGGUGGCGAAGACGUGGCCAACGGCAGCGCGUGGUCCCACGCACACAUCCUGGCAGAAGAACGCUUGGCCACGUCCUUGCUCUACCGGCGCCGGAUCGAGGAGACCUUCGUGAAAAUCGUCGACUGGUGGAGGUCCUUGGAUCCCAAGCGCCACUUUGCAGCUCCAAAGCAGGGCACGUUGUUGACCGCAAUGAUCCGUGGAGGUGACGUCUCGAUGAUGCCAUGGGACACGGACUUGGAAAUGUCCCUGUACUCAACUGGAACCAAUCCUGUGCUGAGAUGGUGUGAUGACAUUCUCAACUUGCAGGAGCGGCGGAAAUGUGUCCUUCGAAAGCUGGAAGAGGAGCUUCAACUCCCCAUGAUUCGCGGCCCGGAUUUGUUCUUCUCGCAGUGGCUGUAUGAGGCACACUUAACCUUUGCCAAGUUCCGUGUGACUAUGGACCACGUCUUUGACGUGAAUUUCGAGAGCUAUGUGCCCGUCUUCCCCAUCCGAGUGUCCAUGUUCGGUACCGAGCUACGGACCUCGUGGCCGGUCUGGGAGCACCUCUUCUUCGAGGUGUUCCAAGGCAGCCUGGAGAAGAAGGUAGGCACUAGUGGCAACAUCGCCCUCGCAGUGACACACUGCACCGCGCUCGAGCACAACGCUUGCAUCCCACCCGCUGAGCCGCCAUUGGAUUUCGACUUCGAGGACUACUUUGCUCACUCCCGCGAUCUGACAGGAGGCCUUUUUCCUGACUGAGCCGACCUGAAUGGCUACAAAAACCGGCGCGUUCCAAGAUGCUUGUUAAGGUCAGGCUCUCCUGUUGUAGGCAAAGGAUCUUUCUGUUGGACAACUCAUAGCGGGCCGCAGAAAUAUGUGGUUGAAGCUCUUUGGUCAGCGAGUCUCCAAAUCAUCAUAGAAACGAAAAGUGGCUGUAUGAUGUUGCAUGAUGUUGCCGUAGAUUGACAUGACUUGACCAGUCAUGUCGGCGAUGAAAGGACACCAACAAAACUCGCGUGCGCAGACAUGAGAAACUAGAACAUGAGACGAUUCCAAGGUGAUUCUAUUUGGUCGCAUACGGUUGUAUGCAGUGUUUGACAGAGGAUUGUUUUGCACCUCAAAGAGCUCUAGGAUUUGAACCAAAACCAGGUCUUUUGCCAGCUGUCCGAACUGCAGUUCCGGUUUUCAUUUUGUUUCAAGAAGACUUAUAGAAGCUGCAAGGUUGGAA